AUGCACAUCAUACGCAUGCCAUCACUACCCAAGAAAAGAAAAAACGUCAAAGCGAAUAAAAUUUCCCACCCGUGAAUAGCGGUUGCUUUGCACCCUCCACCUCCUUCUAGAACAAGAUUUAAAAUACUACGCCAAUAUUAUAGAAACAACAUCACAGUCACAGCCGUAUUGGCAUUUGGCACCUUCGUUUCUUGCUCCCGCACACGGAAUCACAGCCACCACCUUCCAUAACCAACACGCAAGCAAAUUACUCUUUCACUGUUAUAUCUUCUACACAACAAGAAACUGUACCCGCUUUAUUGUUAAUUUUUUUAAUUCGAAUUCGAUGCAUCAAUGGAUUUUCAGAAGCAAAACUUUAAUGGUGCAAUCAUGAGGAGAUUGUCUUGGUCGACGUUUCUUCUCUUGAUCAUCGUUCUAGUGCUUUUAUCUUUACAAAUCACCAGCAGAACCGUUUACCCGAUUCGGUUCAAGUCCGGAUUAUCUGAAACGGAUAGUGAUGUUUCCGGAGAUAGCGGGAGCUGCGUCGGAUUCUUCGAAGAAUUGUUGCCCAAGAGAGGAGUUGUCAUGUCUAUCGAGGAUUUUGGUGGGGUUGGUGAUGGCACAACGUCUAAUACGGAAACGUUUCGAAAAGCGAUAGGCCACAUGCAACGUUUUGGAGAUAAAGGUGGGUCCCAGCUGAAUGUCCCCAAGGGUAGCUGGCUUACUGGAAGCUUUAAUCUUACCAGUAAUUUCACCUUGUUUCUUGAAGAGGGUGCGGUUAUUUUAGGCUCUCAGGACCCCAAGGAAUGGCCCAUAAUAGAGCCAUUGCCUUCUUAUGGAAGAGGUAGAGAGAGAUUAGGAGGAAGACAUAUUAGCCUUAUUCAUGGAAAUGGACUUACUAAUGUUGUCAUUACAGGAAACAAUGGAACAGUUGAUGGUCAAGGGAAGAUGUGGUGGGAAUUAUGGUGGAAUAGAACACUGGAUUACACGAGAGGCCACCUUGUAGAAGUAAUGAACUCUGAGAACAUUCUCAUCUCCAACCUUACCUUCCGCAAUUCUCCCUUUUGGACCAUUCAUCCCGUUUAUUGCAGUAAUGUUGUGGUUAAAGACAUGACAAUUUUGGCUCCCCUUAAUGCACCAAACACUGAUGGUGUAGACCCAGACUCAAGCACCAAUGUCUGUGUUGAAGACUGUUACAUUGAGAGUGGGGAUGAUCUUGUAGCAGUGAAGAGUGGGUGGGAUCAGUAUGGGAUCAAAAUGGCUCGUCCUAGCUCAAACAUCAUAGUGAGGAGAGUUUCAGGCACAACCCCAACUUGCUCUGGGGUUGGGAUAGGUAGUGAGAUGUCUGGAGGGAUAUUUAAUGUAAUGAUUGAAGCUGUACAUAUCUGGGAUUCAGCAGCAGGGGUGAGAAUAAAAACUGACGAAGGCAGAGGAGGAUAUAUAGCAAAUAUCACUAUAAAUAAUAUAACAAUGGAGAGAGUCAAGAUUCCAAUUAGGUUCAGUAGAGGGUCCAAUGAUCACCCUGAUGAAGAAUGGGAUCCAAAGGCAUUACCGAUUGUGAAAGGUGUAAGAAUAAGUAAUGUGGUUAGUUUGAAUUCAACAAAAGCCCCAGUUUUGCUGGGAAUCAAGAAUUCACCAUUUAGUGAUAUAUGCAUGAAAAAUGUUACGUUGAUUGGGUUGACAUCAUCUGCAUCAUGGCAUUGUGAAUUCGUCACUGGAUUUGCCAAUAAGGUACUUCCAGUGCCAUGUCCCCAGUUGCAGAAUAAUGUCUCUGCAUCAGGGUGUUAAUACUCUUGAGGCUCACUGGUAACCCUGGGUGUUUGAAAUUUCUGUUGAACUUGGAGAGUCACUCCAAUUUCUUUCGGCAGACUUUGCUUUGUCACAUUAGAGUUGCAGAACCACAUUAUGAGUGUGGUACAUAAUGUGGUUCGAUUGGAUUCUUAUGAAGAAUCACAGUACAGAUCUUGGUUGAGCAGCCCGUGAGUUGUAUGAUUUUUGGUUGGGCAUGAAUUCAUCAAGCUGCAGUGUCAAUAAGCUCUCAGAAUGCUGCUCGCAUAAUGCCAUACAAUUGGCAGAAAGGCGACUGACUUGAAUUAUUUACCAAAUUUUCUUGGGGGUUUCAUUCUUUCACAUGCACUUUAUAGAGUGCUAAUGAUUCUUUGUAAUUAAUCACAGAAUGCUGCACAUAAAAUGGCAGAAUCUAUUGAUAAUUUUUCUUUUUUCCUGGCCUGAAACUGACUAUACCUCACAUCUAGUUCUUGGCCUUGUUUAGUGAAAGGUCUCUGCUGAUCUGUGAGUUAUUAUGGAGCAUUACUGUAAAAGAACUGCGUGCCUUGCUAAAAUCUAUACUAAAGAGAAGAAAAUCAUCGUCUAGUUUUUACA